AUGGCCAGACAGCGUUUGGCAGAGAACCAGUCAGUGUCUGGUGCCUGGGCUGGCAGACUGGGCGCGCAACAUGACUCGGCAUUUCCCCGACCUGGCUUACACCUCGGCUCUGCCCCUCUCCAAUAUCAACAACAUGAGAACAAUCUGACUGUGGUCACUGAGUUUUACCUUUUAGGAUUUCAAGUCAGCCAAGAUUCAAGAAUUUUCUUAUUUUGUCUUCUUCUGGUGGUUUACUGUGCAACAAUAUGUGGUAACCUCCUGAUCAUCACCAUCGUGUCCACCAGCAAGAACCUCCACACUCCAAUGUACUUCUUCAUCUCACAACUGUCCAUCAGUGACAUCUUAUUAAUCUCAGAUAUUGUCCCCAACCUGCUCUAUAUCCUACUGAAUAAUGGAAGGACCAUUACUAUUUUUUAUUGCAUCACUCAGUUGUAUUUCUUCUGUGCCUCUGAAGCAUUUGAGUGUUUUCUUCUCGCAGUGAUGUCUUAUGACAGAUAUGUGGCCAUCUGUAAUCCACUUCACUACUCCACCAUCAUGACAGGAGGAUAUUGCAUAAUUUUGUCUAUAAACAGUUGGUUGCUUGGGUUUUCUAUCAUUUUGAUUUACAUCAUAAAAACUACAAAACUAAAUUUUUGUGGGCCAAAUAUCAUUGACCAUUUAUUCUGUGAUCUUAUUCCCUUACUAGAACUUGCCUGUUCUGACACCUCUAUGAUCCACUUAGUGGUUUAUGUUAUUGGUAUACCAACUGUAAUAAUGUCAACCACAAUCAUUGUAGUGUCUUAUACAUAUAUUAUUUUAGCAAUCUUAAGGAUCCCAUCCAAUACUGGUAGACAGAAAGCCUUCUCCACCUGUAGCUCCCACCUCAUUGUGGUUUCCACAUUCUACUGGACUAUGUUCAGUAUUUAUAUUGUCCCAUUGAAAGGCCUGACAAACACCAUAAGUAAAAUUCUCUCCCUGCUGUAUACUGUCUUUACUCCUUUGAUUAACCCCAUUAUAUACAGUCUGAGGAAUAAAGACAUUAGAGAAGCCGUACAAAGAACAUUUCAAAAGCAUGAGAUCUGGUAA